UGGCGGCGCACACAGGAACAAGCGUGUUGUGAAGAUAGUCGCUCUAAUGUUGAUGCAUUUCACUUCGCUAAAGGACUUUAAUGAUCAUAUGUGAAGCUGUUAUUGACAAUUGUUUGUACGCUAAGACGCACAAGGUAGGAGGCCUCGUUUAGCUAACCGAUGCUAACGGGAUUAGCCACCUUUUGAUACCCCGGAGGAAGGAGGCUGUUGACCUUGUUGGCAGUUCAGUCACAGCCCUUUGCUUUUCCCUAUUCUUACGUAUUUAUUCUAUAAUAUAACAGACUGAAACUGUCGGUUGAUCAUUGAGGCUAAAUGAGGGAUAGUUGUUUUUAUUUAACCUAAAUUUUCCGGCCUCUACGCACGUUGGAUAGGAGCUUCUUCAUCCGGACAGGAUUCCUGAACUCAACUUGGAUAUUCACCUUUUCACUGCCCCCUACGUCAUCAGAGGACCAUGUCUGUGUGGGUGACCGAGGAGGUGGUGAGGUGGUCCCUCCGCUUUUGCAGCCGCACAUCUCAGGUGAUGCAGCGCGGCCUCCUGGCGACAGCAUCACCCAGAGACACAGCUCACAUCUGGGGCCCGAGGCCGAGUCAGACGUGCCUGCACAUGGGUUCUGUCAGGUCAGCGAGGUUCUAUUCACAGGGUGCGGCCCACAAUGAGGGUUCGGGGGGGAAGAAGCCGGCCUCCUCUUCUUCACUAUCUGAUAAAAGCCAGUCUGUGGUGACCGCCCCGGGACAGAAACCGGCAAAGUCCCCUUUCUUUGACCACCUGCAGCGCUGCGGCUCCCCGACAGACGUGCUGGACCUCACCUGUCAGUACGCUCCCACGGUUCGACAGGUCAGCAACUGCCUGACCCACAUGUGGACCUCCACCAAGAAGAUGAGCGACGAGCAGCGGCGCUGUGAGCUGCAGCUGAUGUUCGAGCAUCCCGAGUUUGACAAGCUGCUGCAAAUGGCCUUGAAGGAGGUGGGGGUCAUGCGCGGGGAAGAUGUGGCGUACACCCUCCUGAGCAUGGUCAAUCUGGGUGUGCCUCAAAGCAGCCGUGUGGUCCAGACGUUUCUGCGAGUCUGUCAGGAUAAACUGAACGAAUUUGACGAGAAGAGUCUGUCCAUCUUGGCUUCCUGUCUGGAACACAUGGAGAGCAGCCCCAAUGUGGGUGCACUGAAGGAGGGCAUGAGGCUGGUGGUGGAGGCGCGUCUUCCUAGAAUCAAGCAUGUCAUGUCCCUGCAGACCAUGAUGCGCAUGCUGGGGAAGGAUGCCCCGAUGAACCUCAAACGGAAACUCGAGAGAAAGGCUUUAUCAAUGAGCGACCAGUUCAGCCUUCCCAACGCCCAGCACAUGAUCUCUACGAUGGCCGCAAUGGGCUUCUACUCCAAACCACUGCUGGACGUCUGUAGUAACAAGAUCAUAGAAAACGUCCACGGGAUCCCCUUCAACCGACUGUUCGCUGUGCUGCUCUCCUGUCGGGAGCUGCACUACAGAAACUUGGACCUGCUCACCUGCAUUUCUGACUAUGUCACCUCCACGCUUGAGUUAUGGACCAACAAGCAGAUGAUCCUCUUCCUCUCCGUGUUUGAGAACCUCGCCUUCUCUCCUGCGCCCUUAAUGGAGUCGUUUGUUGAGAAGGUGAUCGCCCGCCCAGAUGACCUGACGCUCAAAGACCUCCUCUGUGUCCUGAAGGUGUACUCGUCUCUGAACUACGACCUGCAGCAGCACAGACGACCGUUCCUGGAUGGUCUCACUCAGGUUCUGGAGUCCUAUCUGCCCAAGAUGUCUGGGUUCGGACUUUUAAAGGCUGUUUUCCAUCUGGGUCUACUGGGCCACUUCCCCUCGACACCACUGGAGCAGCUCCUGCACAAUAGCACGGUGGAGCAGCUCAACACGACAACGUCGAAGCCGAGCCAGAAUCGAAUGUUUCAGACGAUAGACCUGUGCCUCCGUCUCGACCGCCCCUCUCUCCCUCGUCCCCUGACCGUCCCGCCAUCCUUACUGGGAGACCCCACCCCCUGCCCUCCGUCAGUCAACCAGUGGCUCUCGCAAUGUUUGCAGAGUGUGAUGGAGGACCAGGCUGACUCGAUGCUGCAGGAGGCAGUGAUGGUGGAGAACUUCUACCUCAUAGAUGCCGUUAUAACCAAACCUCUGUCAAACCAAACCCCGGAGCCCGAAGCGACGGGUGAAGGAGAAGCGUUGUCUCCAGCAGAGAGCAGUCAGAGAUUUGCUGUCAUUUACGCACCUGCAUCAGCUUUUUGCUACCGUACCUCCAAUCCUCGUGGUUCCCUGGCCAUAAAGCUUCGCCACCUGAAGAUCUUGGGAUAUAACCCUGUUCUGGUAUUGGAGCAAGAGCUGCAGUCUGUGUCUGAGGAAAAGAGGACGGAGUUCCUCAGGGGACAGAUUUAUCCAGAACACCACAGGUCAGACACACAACCGCAAAUGGAGCAACUACAAUCCUGAAGACAGGCGUCGGUGUUAAAUGGAUGCAACCAUCAUGAAUUUACAUCUUAUUGCUUUGUAAACAAGAAAAUAAAUUAAUGAAAUGUAUAAAAUG